AUGCUUCGAAGAAAGAAGUCGGCUUCGGGGAGGUCUGCGAGGCGCAGAAGAGGAGGUAUUCAGUCACUCCCUGUCCCUACCGUAGCCCAAUCGUUUCCAGAUUCCCCGUCGCCACCCAGAAGCCGUGGAUCGGAAGUUGCUAUUCAAGCUCCUCCAGAGUUUGCUCCAUACAACAUUGAGGAAAAUUCCGUGUACUUGACGAAAGCUAUCAGAGGACAACAGUAUCCGUUUAUGUCGACUGGAUUCGUAAGUGAUUUCCAACGGAUUUUCUCCCACUCUCAAAACCUGCUUUUCAGAUUAAUCUUGUACAUGAAUUGGAAGAUAUAUUAUCGGCUAAUCAGUUUACAAAGGAUUUUAUGGGAGGUGAAAUGCAGUUCAUGAACGAGGGGUACUAUCCGACACCCGACCUCAAUGCCAGGUAAUCAAGUUAAAAAACGACUUUAUCAUAUUGGAAAUCACAGAAUGAUGCCUAAGUACGAUGUGAUGCCCGAAGAUCAAGCUCCGUGCUCAUCGACUAGCUCAGAUGCUCAGCUCAGUACUCGCGCUGCUUCCGUUCCGAAUGAGGAGGAAAAGGAGGUCGAGUGAGUUACUUCCCUUUGGAUGAGAGACUCAUGAGCAUGUUUGAAGGAUCUGUCUGCUUCCUGAAGACCUCGAAGAAGACAAUUUUGAAGAAUAUCCAGCAUAUCAUUUGGGUACCAGAUUUUGGACGUGGUGUCGAAAAACUUUCAUGGGGAAGAUUGAUUCGCAGUAUCUGGAGAGGUUCAAAGAAAUCAUAUUGGACCAGUACACUCUGGAAGCGCUCCAUAGAUUCUUUAUUAACGAACCCUGGAAGUAUCGGAAAAAACUAGCAUUGCCAUCUUCGUCUAGAAGAAAAUCUGUGGCACAGAGCAAAGCGACGAAAAGAGUUUCCCUCGAAACAACGCCACAACAAGCUUCCACAAGCAGUGCACGAACUUCUUCCAAUCGAAAGUCGUAAGUUCAUUCUUGAAUUGCGAAAGUGACAUUGCAGUUUUGCUUCAGGUCGCUUUCUGGAUAUCGCAUUCCAAACCGUCGCAACUCGGAGAAGGAAAAGGAGUCAAUUAACAACAACAACAAGAUUGUCCCAAUUAUUGGCUCGAUGGUCAUGACCGCUUGCCGAGAGCUCAGAGAAAGCAAAUCAGUUCCGGACACUCCAAUGACAACGAGAAAAGGACGAGCUCGGGUUGCGAGCAGAGAGCAGUCGAGAGACCGGGAAAGAAAGUUCGCCAAGAUGGAAGUUGACGUUGAGGAGGACGACGAGCCGAAUACGUGCAACGGCUCAGCGAACAGAAUCAGUCCAAGAUGUAUGAAUGGUUCCAGGGGGCAACAAAAGUAUGAUCAAGUUUCAGGGCACUCGCCAAGACAAAUAAAGAAGGAGAAGAUUGACGAAGAGUUCGAACGAAUGGAGAACGGACAUUCCUCCUCGAACGGAAUGACCAACGGACAUGCCAAACACGUGUCUCCGAAGAGAAAGAACGGAGAACUGAGGAAUGGAUGCCAUCAGAAGACUGCAGCUUCCCGUCGAACUUGUGAAGAAGCGAACGAUCCGAUGGAAAUGACAUCGGAUAUUGAGGACUUUGAUGCGAAGGCGAUCGGUUCACGCAUUUUAAAUAAGCUGAUUGAAGGAGGAAUCCUUCCCGAGUCGAGCAAGCAGAUAUUUGAACAGAUGACUUUGGAAAACGACGAAGAAGGCGAAGAAUCGGCAACAAGAGUAGAAAUGAGCGAGGAAGGAAGAGAGGAAGCGGAAGACCAUGAAGUCGGAGAAUUAGCGGAGGAGCUUCAAAAGCUGCAGAUGGAAUUGAGUGAGCACAUGCCGGUGAAGAAGGCUCUUUUCAUGCUCACUUGGCGCCGUGCCAAGGCCCAUUUUGCUUUCUUCCACACCUUUGAUGAACUUCGACGAGCUGAUUAUGAUGUAAGUAGUGUGGAAUAACAGUGCUCAUUUAAUAAAUUAUCUUUCAGUUGUUCAAAUUGGGCGUCAACAUGUACAAAGAUUACCCGCGUAAGAUGCCGUGCACGGCCGACAUGCCAGUCCUCAAGGAUUCUCUGAAGAAAAGAAACUACCUCGCUCGCCGACAUUACAGCAAAAUGUACCGUCGUCAGCCUAAAUAUAGAUGGCACAACGCCCAUGUGCCGGCUGGAAGGCGCGUCGUCUGA